GAACCGAAAGCACCGCGUCUCGCUGCUAAACGCUCCGCCGCACGUUAAACGGCUGAUUUCAGUGCUCUGAAAUUACACUCCUGCUUGUGUUUAGUACGCGUUUCCUGCUUAUUCGGCUUUGUACAAGUCCUCCAUGUCAGACUGUGGUUGUUAGCCCCACAGCCCCAGCGGCUCCCCGGCGGCAGGCCUCUCUGUUCGCCGUGUGAGCAUCAGCCCUCGCGCCGCGGUUGGGUGGGUCCAGCUCGGCCGCAGAGGCAGCAUGGGCCCGGUGCACAGCUAGCCUCCGCUCCUAACAGCUCCGGAAAGGGAUGAAUCACGAACUGUCUGGCUUGCAUGUCACUGCUAACGGAGUUCGGCUGUGAGAAUGAACGGCACGCAGCAGAGUGAUACCAAGAGGCAGCACCUCCUGGAGAGGCUGCUGGACGCUGUCAAGCAGUGCCAGAUCCGCUUUGGAGGGAGAAAGGAGAUUGCCACAGACUCAGACAGCAGGGUGAUCUGUCUGUGUGCCCAGUUUGAAGCUGUGCUGCAGCACGGUCUGAGGAAGAGCCGAGGCCUCGCCCUCACCGCUGCCGCUCUCAAGCAGGCUGCUGGCUUUAGCAGCAAGACCGAAGCAGAGUUGACUUUCUGGUUCUAUGUGAAGGAGCAUCUGAACCGCCAUGAGCUCCAGCGGUUCUACUCGCUACGUCAGAUCUCCUCAGAGCUGGGCCGGGGUCGCGCCUGGCUGCGCUGCGCCCUCAAUGAGCACUCGCUGGAGCGUUACCUGCACACACUGCUGGCUGACCGCCCACGUUUAGGAACUUACUAUGAAGACUGGGCUUUUAUUCUCGAUGAAGAAAGAGCCAGUAUGCUCCCCACCAUGGCUGCAGGUCUGAACUCCAUCCUGUUUGCUAUCAACAUCGAUAACAGUGACCUGAACGGUGGGGUCACGCGAGGUGGAGGAGGCUCCUCGGUGUCCCACCUCCUCAAGGAGUCCACACAGGGCAUCGGCAGCCUGUGGAAAGAGUCAACUCAGGGGGUCAGCAGCCUGCUGCGGGAGAUCAGCACUGCCACGGCUGUGGUGCCCGGCUUCACCCCCAGAGUGGACGGAGCCUCAGACCCGCUACCCGUCCUGCCACGCAGCACCUCAGCUGACUCAGGCCUGAGGAAGGAGCGCCGGAGGAAAAAGAAAAUCACCAACAUCAUUUCCUUUGAUGACAAUCUGGACGGAGGGGCGGAGGACGAGGAGGAGGGAGAGGAGGACUCCCAGAAGAUGGGCGGGAUGAGGAAGAGCCACACUGCUCCCGCUCAGAACAGCGUGGAGGAAGGAAUAGAUCCUUUGGAGCCGGUCUUCUCCGAGUCGCCGGCCCAGAACGGCCUGGCUGGGCCCGGCAUAGUCAGCUGGGUGGGGUCCCCCCAUCCCUCUCGCACUCCACCCACCGUUACACCUCCUCUGCCUGACAGCAAGAGUAUAGACAACGAGGAGGAGGAGGAAGAGGAAGAGAUGUACAAACCCAGAGCACAAACCCAGGAGGAGGAGAGGAUCAGCUCUGAUCAGGUGGUGGUAGGCAGCCUGUCCAGUGUGUCCACAUGGAGCCCUCUACAGGUGAUGGCUGACCACAACAGCUCAGAAAUCCUCAUUCCUCUGAACCCUACGGACCCCCAGCCAGUGAGCUCUGUGGAGGACGCGCCUGCAUUUCCUGCUCCGUGUGAGUCGACAGGACCGGGGGGAAACUGUGAGAGCAGCACAUCGCUGCUAACAUUCAAUAUGGAGUCCAGUCCACCGACGCAGUCUGCUCCACUCUCCAGUGUACUGCCAACAUCUGGUCUGCCAGAGUCCAUGACAGUGGUGGAGCUGCGUCAGGCCAUCGUAGCCAUGAUGAACAGGAAGGACGAGCUGGAGGAACAAAACACGUCUCUUCGCAGUCUGCUGGAUGGGGAGAUGGAGCACUCAGCGGGCCUGAGGCAGGAAACUGAUCUGCUGAAGAGGAAGCUGGCAGAGCUGGAGGAGAGACACACGGCAAAGGUCCAGGCACUGGCCAGGGAGAAUGAGGUCCUGAAGGUCCAGUUGAAGAAGUAUGUGGGGGCGGUACAGAUGCUGAAGAGAGAGGGGAGCCAGGGCAAUGACGCCCUGUCAAUGCUGCGGUCGAGUGAAGACCAGGCCCCUGCCCCACAGAAUAAGUUCAUGGGUGACAUCGAGGAGCUGGCCGCCAGCUAUGAACGCAAACUCAUAGAGGUAGCCGAGAUGCACGGUGAGCUGAUCGAGUUUAAUGAGCGCCUGUACCGCUCCCUCAUGGCCAAAGACCACCUCAUUGUCCAGAUGAGACAGGAACUCAUUGACCUGAGAGGACCGGUUCCAGGAGAUUUAAGCCAGACGUCAGAUGACCCCAGUCUGUCAGAUUUUGAGACGGCUCAUCGCGCUCUCAUCAACGUGUGGAUCCCCUCUGUGUUCCUGCAGGGCAGAGCUGCCAACGCCUACCACGUCUAUCAGGUGUACAUCCGUAUCCUCGACAACGAGUGGAAUGUGUACAGGCGUUACACCGAGUUCAGGGAGCUCCACAACCACCUGAGGUCUCAGUUUCCGCAGGUGGACACCUUCAGCUUCCCACCCAAGAAAGCCAUAGGGAACAAGGACGCCAAGUUUGUGGAGGAGAGGAGGAAGCAGCUGCAGGGCUACCUUCGCACGGUGAUGAACAAACUGAUCCAGACACUGCCAGAGUUCGCAGCCCGCCCCACCAAAGAGACCCUGCUGUCUCUGCUGCCUUUCUGCCUAGACACGCCCCAAGCCAACGAUGGUGGAGCCAAGACGCCCCGGUCCAAAACGUCAUCCCGCUUCCCCAGACUGGGCCGCAGCCGCAACCAGGAGGCCAGACCUGAACCCCAGAGUGGCGACCUCUAAUCCCAGAGCCUUUGAACUAACAAUCCCUCGCUGUAGAGGCUGAAGACGAUGACCUGUGUCCACCCUGGACGUGACACACAGGAUCAGAGUGUGCGAUGACAUUAAGGGCGUCUAACGGACCUUGAAACCUUACAGGAAAACUCAGCCUCAGCUGAGGAGGGGAGGUGGAUGCGUUCACAUGGCAGGUCUCUCUAGGAGAUAUGUAAAUGUUUCUGUUCAUUGCCUGGCUGAGUAAAGGAUAAAUGACUCCCCUGAGGCUGCCUAUCGAUGGACCCAAUCAUACAGUACCUCUUACCUCACUGAGAGACCAAAAGACUCUCUGUAAGCUGCACAUGAACUAGUAUAGACUGCUCUCUGAUCUCAAACACAAUGAGAUGAUGAGGACGUGUUUUUUUUUUUCUUACUCUGCUCAGUUUUGUAGUGAAAGUGCAUCAUGGUCACAGUGCCUACAGUGUUUUGUAGCUGCUUUCCUGCUCGGGGUGGGAACGGUGUGUAGAGAGGUGACAACGGGGUAGAUUAAAGUACUCUUCUGGGAAAUGAACACUGUUUUUCAGCUAAUGUGUCAGCAUUACUGUGCCAUUACUUUUUAGACGACGAUGAUAGCCGUGCCUGACGUGGACCACCGGCAAUGGGCCUCCUUCCGUUGUGUUAUCAUCAUGGCUUUCACAGAUAAAUAUGUUUUUUUAGUUCCACGUAAAGAUUAAGGGAGAAGCACCACUGAUAAAACCAAAAUCUCUAAGGGACUGUAUGAAAAUGUUUGGGGUGGGGAGGUGGGCUGAAUCUUGACCCUCCUCAGCAUUAUUAACAGUUUCUUUGGCCCCCUCCCCUUGACUUAGUAUAAAACUGCAAUGCCAUUAAAAUAAAGAGAUACUAAAUAAAAGGCUAAACUUGAUCAGCCAAGUGACCAAAUGCUGAACUCUAUAAAUAUAUUAAAAUUUUUAUAAAUUCUCUACCAACUGUCCCUUCAGUGAAAAAACAAAACAGACAUUACCCUCCGCCUUUUCUGACACCCCCCUGAUAAAUUCAUAACGAUUUUUGAGCACAAAGGAGGAGAAACCUUAUUUUACUAUUAAAAUUGAGGGGAGAGCUGUGUUUUCACUAGUGUCCCUUAAAUAAGGGUCUUUAUCAAAGUUUGGCUGGCCGUACGGAAAAAAUCAAUGUUUAAAGAUUGUUUAACUAAUGUGUCUUAGCAGGAUUUAAUGCAGCGUUACGUCGCAAAUGAAUGUUUAACGAUGACUAAACACUUGAAGAAAAGCUGCUCGUUAGAGUGCAAGGAAAGGGCUGCAGAGCAUCAAGUGUGUGUAAAACAGAAGCUCAUGCAUAUGUAUGUCCUACCCAAGAGUAGUCAGAGACUAUGUUCAAACGAGGAGUGAUUGUGUUUGAAGGGUUUCCGAAAACUUGAAUCAAAGGGUCGGCUCGCAAGACGGCAAACACUGUUCACUGUCUAUGAGAGGAGGCGAACAAACAAGGCUUGUGGGUUUUAAUUAAGUUGUUAUUCUUACACAAACGUGACCCUCACAAGUAUCCAACUACUGGUAAACACCGCACAGUGUUGUUAGCAGAUUCUCACAGGGACGCUGUCAAAUAAAGGUAUUUUAUGAGAGUCUCUCUGUGGUCAACAUGUGGCGAGUUGGCCAGUAACACAUCAGCAUGGGGAAGAAAAGAAGAUUUUUAAAGAGAUUAUUUCACACGUUGACUUUCUUUUUUCUCAGUCUGACACAAGGCGCUGCUGUUGCUUCCAGUCGAGAACAUGUAACGUCAACAUGGAUUCUGUCAUUGUUUUUAUUAAAGACGGUCCUCUGCUGUGACGCAGUGAAACUGGA